AUGAGUAAUAAUGAUGAAGCUCUCAAUUAUGAAGGCUUAUUAGUAACUUCAGCUUCGUCGAAUAAACGCUCAUUAACCAAUCAAUUUGUUGAUUGUGUAAAAAAGUCUAAAUAUUUCGUUCCUUGCACACUAUUAUCUCCAUCAAAAACUACAAUGAAUGAUCAAUCCAUAAAAGAAAAUCCAGUACUUUCAGCAAAAACUCAACUUAAAAAAUCUAUUGAGAAACAACCGAAACGAGGUUCAUUAUGUAUUACGUAUUCAAUCUCAAAUGAUGAACAUACUAAUAAUUCAAUUUUAACAUUACAUGUAAUACGUGCUAGACAAUUAUCAAUUAUUGAUUCCGAUCAAAUGAAUACAUUUGUUCAAGUCAAAUAUCCUCAUCAUUUUGAAAAAUGUUCAAAAAUUAUUCAUGCAACUAAUUCUCCUGUUUACGAUGAAAAAUUUCAUAUACCCAUAAAUAAAAAUACUUUAUCAACACCAUCAAAACGUUUGACAAUCUCUGUUUAUAAUCAAUCAAUAUCAAACAAUAAAAGUGAUUUAAUCGGUUGUAUGUCAUUUAAUAUGAAGACACUUCUUAAAACAACUAGUUGUCUAAAGACUUCAUCAAAAUAUAAAUGGUAUUGUUUAUUACCGGAAUCAAUCGGACGGCAUAAAUGUAUGACAUUAAAUGUGGAUAUUUCAUCUGUGCAUACGAAAAAGUCUACAACAUCGAAAAAACCACAUUCAUCACAAAAUUAUAAUCAAUCCAAUGGCAUUGUAUUCAAUGUUGAAAUAUAUGAUCGUGAUGAAAUUCAGUUUUCUUCUGGAUAUCCAUGUAAAAUAAGUGAAGUAAAAUCUAGUAUUAGUUCAUCAUCAACACGACCGAUGCCUGGUGAUAUACUUUUACAAGUUAAUGAAAUCAAUGUUUCACGAACACAAGCUAAAGCUGUUAAGAAACUAAUCAAAAGUUUAUCAUUGCCGAUAACUCUGCAAUUACAUCGUCGUUCCGUUCCGUCCACAUCAAUUAAAAUAGAUAAAAUUGUUCUAAAUUCUGUUGAACAACAUGAACCAUUAAAUAGAAAUUUAAUUUCAACCGAGUCUUUUUAUUCAUCGUCCGAUAAACAAUAUAAAACACAAAAUUACGAUUGUUUUUUACCAAAACCGACUCCAAUGAAUAUUGAUCAUCAACAAAGUUUACUUAUGUCACCAAUUGAUCGAAAAAUUUCUACACAAAGUGAUGGAAGUGAAUCGGGUGUUGGUUCUGAAAGUAAUCCGUAUUCUGAUGGUGAUCAUGACAAUCGACUAAAAAUUCUUUCGGAAUCAUACGAACGUGAAGUUUUACAAUUGAUCGAAAUUGAAAAAGAAUUUAUUAAUCAAAUUGAACUUGGUGUUCAAAUGUAUUCACGGCCAUUAAAACAUUAUUUAAUAUUAUCAAAUGAGCAUGCAAAAUUAUUUCAAAAUAUUGAAAAAAUAUUAGCAAUAUCACGUUAUCAAUUAAAUCGUUUAAAAUCAUUAUCUGAACGUACAAUAAUAAAUCAUAUUGGAAAAAUCUUUCAUGAAAAAGUUCAAUUGAUAUGCGAAGCAUUUAAUCAUUAUAUAGGUGGUUAUUCUGACGCUUGUUUACAAUUGAAACAAUUGACAAAAUGUGCUAGUUUUCAAAGAUUUAUCCAUGGAAAUAAUUCUAAUCUUACUAUUGAACAGUUUCUAAACAUACCAUUAACUCAUAUUGAUAAUCUUGUGAAUCAAUUAGAUACAUUAUGUUGUACUUGUGAAAAUGCCAAUGAUGCCAAUUAUCUUUUACAUGUUCUCAAAGAAUUACGUCAAUGUUCAUUGCAUGUUUCAUCUAUUGAAUCAUCAACAAGUCAACAUCAUUGUACAACAACAAUGUCAUUGAACAGUGCCAAUGGAAUAUCAUCAUCGUCAUCAAUGAAUAAUUCAGAAGAUAGUGAUAUUAUUGAAUUACAAAAUCGACUUCAUUUUACACCAAAUAUUCAACCUGUGAUAUUAACUGGUCACAAUCGUCACAUCAUUUUUUCUGGUGUACUACUAUUACAAAAUGAAAACAAAAAUUAUAUUGAGACAUGGUCUGUUCUGUUAAAUGACAUGCUUUUAUUCACACAACGAAAUGCAAUUGAUACACGUUUGAAAUUAGUUUGCAAUGCGAUUUUACUAAGUGAUAUUGUGGAUUUUCGAUCAAGCGAUGAACGCCAAGAUGCAUUGAUAUUUCUAUCAGAUAAACCGAAUAUACCAUAUAAAAUUCGUUAUCCAAGUAAAUGUUUACAAUAUGCAUGGCAAACAAUACUGGAGCAACGUCUUAAAACUUGGCAACGAUCGAUUCAUGAUGAAUCAUCAUCAGCUGAUUCUGAUCUUGGAUAG